UCCACCAAACUUGAUCAGCGCCCUGGAAGCACCGCCCACCAGCGCCCAUUGGCUGCGUGGGCGGCCGGCGUGACGCAGGCGUCGCCGGCGGCCUCUGCGAAUGGCCCUCCCUCGCGUCAGUCAUCACGUCGCCGGCAGCAAGUUAGGUGGAACGCUAGGUUACAGCUGCAGUCAGAGGGAGAAAGAGCCAGGCAGAAAAAAUAGUACAAAGACAGCCGAGUGAAUUAGGGAGGGGUUUUAACCGUUUUAAUUUGGGUAAGAACACGGGUUUGCCCCCCUCAGAAAUCGCUUUAAUUUUUUUUACCGUCUGAGGUGCGAAUGGGCAUUUGAAGUCUGGAAAAAAUAAGCCGAGAAAUUAAAAAAGGAAAAAAAUUACCUCAGGAUUGAAUUGAACUGAAGGAUCCGCCAUGGCAGGAACCACCACCAUCAUCAUCAUCACCAUCCUGCAUUGAGCUCAGUCAAGAUACAUGUAGAGCUCUCAGAUCAUUCAGAUUUAUUUCUGGCGAUUCGUUUCCUAAAAGGAAAAGGAAUUAAAAAUUGUUUUUUUACAGAACUAAUUUGUCUGGGAGGAAUUUACGCGAUGAAACCCGGUGGACAGGAUUAAAAUUAAGAAAGAGGGGGAAGAAAAUAAAGGAACGUAGAAGUGUCUUUUUAAAAAAUAUAUAUGUUUGAAAAAUUAGAUGUCGCUUUAAAGUAAUCAUGAGUGGUCGACCCAGGACAACGUCUUUUGCUGAGAGCUGCAAACCUGUGCAGCAGCCGUCUGCUUUUGGAAGCAUGAAAGUCAGCAGGGACAAAGAUGGCAGUAAGGUGACAACAGUGGUGGCAACACCGGGACAAGGCCCGGACAGGCCGCAGGAAGUCAGCUACACUGACACCAAGGUGAUUGGUAAUGGUUCCUUUGGCGUGGUUUAUCAGGCGAAACUAUGUGACACAGGAGAGCUGGUGGCCAUCAAAAAGGUUUUGCAAGACAAGAGAUUUAAGAAUCGUGAACUGCAAAUAAUGCGAAAACUGGAUCAUUGUAAUAUCGUCCGAUUACGAUACUUCUUUUACUCGAGUGGAGAAAAGAAAGAUGAAGUGUACCUCAACUUGGUGCUAGACUAUGUUCCGGAAACUGUGUACAGAGUUGCCAGACAUUACAGCCGAGCCAAGCAGACACUCCCGAUGAUUUAUGUAAAAUUAUAUAUGUAUCAGCUGUUCCGGAGUUUAGCAUACAUCCAUUCCUUUGGAAUUUGCCACCGGGAUAUCAAACCACAGAAUCUGCUGCUUGAUCCUGACACAGCUGUGCUAAAACUUUGUGACUUUGGAAGUGCAAAACAAUUGGUGCGUGGUGAACCAAAUGUUUCUUAUAUCUGCUCACGGUACUACAGAGCACCGGAGUUGAUCUUUGGUGCCACCGAUUAUACCUCCAGCAUAGAUGUAUGGUCGGCUGGCUGCGUAUUAGCAGAGCUAUUGCUAGGACAGCCCAUCUUCCCCGGUGAUAGUGGUGUUGAUCAGCUGGUAGAAAUUAUAAAGGUCCUGGGAACACCAACAAGGGAGCAAAUCAGAGAGAUGAAUCCCAACUACACUGAAUUCAAAUUCCCACAGAUCAAGGCACAUCCUUGGACUAAGGUCUUCCGACCCCGCACUCCACCGGAAGCUAUUGCGCUCUGUAGCCGACUGCUGGAAUAUACGCCCACCGCCCGUUUGACACCUCUAGAGGCAUGUGCACAUACAUUCUUUGAUGAACUACGGGACCCAAAUGUCAAGUUACCAAAUGGGCGUGAGAAACCAUUACUGUUCAAUUUCACUACUCAAGAACUGUCGAGCAACCCCGCACUGGCAACAAUCCUUAUCCCCCCUCACAUUCGGAAUCAGCCUCCUGCUUCAACUCCAACGAAUGCUUCCGCAGUGUCAGAUACAAAUGCUGCUGUGGACCGUGGACAGUCAACCAAUGCAGCUUCAGCCUCUGCAUCCAACUCAACCUGAGACAGGGCAAGCCCGCCCACCUCAGAUGUCCAGUCAGCUGCAACCAUGCUGGUCAACCACCAACAAUACAACAACGUCAUUAGUGUUCAUUUUAUUUAAUCUUGUUUUAAACAAAAAAACACGUACAAAUUAAAUACAAAACCAAUCAUUUACUCACUGAAGAGGGAUUGAAAAAGGAAUGUGGGGCAAGGUUAACUCUUCCCUUGACAAUCUUUUAUUGAAGUCUGCCAUUGCGUUCAAAUCUCCCGCGCUCGGGCAAACACUUGAAACACUGAGGUGUGUUUCACUCUGGUGUAGACUUUGGAUUUGGCAAAAAAUCGAUUGGCGUCAGAUUCCCUCCAAAGAAUCUGAGUGAGAAGUGGUCGUAUUUUGGUAUGGGUGGUAAGCUUUAUCCGUACCAGCACAAAUGGACAAUACAGAUCCACUCUGGCAAUCACUGUUACACAAAAAGCAAAGACUGCAGUCACCAUAAUAUCCCCCCUGGUGAGGAGAGGUUUGACCUUUUUUGUCACUUGAUUAUUUAACUGUUCAGGACUAAUUGUGAUCCAAUUCUGUACUAGUCCCAUUUAUUUAAAUCGAGUCAUUGCAAAAUCAGUGUAUUGUGUACACCCCAGUUAAAUGUAUAGAACAAAUCCAUAGUAGGUUUCUGAACUACACCAACUGAAAUACAAUCUUGAGUUCUCGAAGGAGUGUAAAAAUUAUCCCACUGAUUUCAGACUUCUUCCCUCUUCUUCCCUGCCCCCACCCUUUUUUAUUUUUUUUGUACAUAAAGUAUGUGGACCUGGGAACUGAUGAGAGUUACAAACAUUCAGGGCAAAUUUUGUUAAUUGUCGGAGAGCUUUUAAAGCCAUAGUUACAAUUCUGUACUAUAGAUGCGGAGACAGUGUACAAGGAAUUAGUGCUGUAUAGUAUCUAGUUUUUAGUGCCUUUGCUUCCAAUGUUUGCAUUUUUUUUAAUUGUCCCUCACUGAAGUAUAUUUGCUGUUUGUUUCAUAUUUAACCCUUUAUGUACCUUUUCACGUCGAUUAGAGAGUUUUAUUUUGGGUAUCAGAUUCACACUGCAGUUGGAAAAGAGUUGUACAGAAUUGUUGAAUACUUCAAAAGUUGCAUUUUUUUUAUUAUUAGUUAAAAAGUUUGGGCUCUCAACAGGUUAUGACGAUUUAAGAUUUGAAGCUGGUGUAUUCUACAAAAAAAAUAAUAGUUUUCCGUUGAUUUGGCAGAGUUAAUUUGAAAAUCUACCAUACAAAUUUUAGUUCAUCAUAUACAUGUAUAAUCAAUUAUUUGAACUCUUAAUGUGCUACGUCAACUCUGUUUUAUUUUCCCAAAAUAUCCUUAGGCUCUAAUAGAAGGAAUGAAAUGAAACCUGCCAGAGUUGCCACUAGUGCUGCAUGAAACUUAGCAUUUUAAUAUACAAAUUAUUUGACAUUUUAUAAUGCAAUUCUUGAUUAUUUUUUUUUAAUGAGUUUUGUUUUACCAAAUGCUUUUAUCUUGUGUGCACCAGAUUAACACUGGAGUGUCCCAUUAUCAGGUUUCUUUUGAACUAUGGCCUUUAUUUGGUCAGUUGCAGCUUAUGAAGUUUCAAGUGGAUUUGUGCUAAGGAUGAGAGAACUAUUAGGAUUUGAUUAGUGCCUUAAAAGGAGGAAAUUCAUAUUGCCAAUCGAACUUUCCUUCCUAAUUGUUGCAACAGGUGUCACACUAUUUAAAAAUGCCACACUGGUGAUAUUUUUGACAUUUUUCAUAUCCACGUAAAUAAAUAUAUUAAAAUAUAUAAUGAGGAAAUGCCACUAAAUAGAGCAGUGGGAAAAGUGGGCAUUGAAUUACAAAGGAAUAAAAGGCAUGUUUAAUCAGAAUGGUUUGCUCAUCCUUAAUACAUCUCUGGCUGCAAUAUAUAUACAUAUAUAUAUAUAGUAUAUAUACAUAUAUAUGCAUAGCCCUUACAUAUAUACACACAUAUAUGUGUGUAUGUGUGUGUAUAUAUAUGUGUGGGUGUGUGUGUGUGUAUAUAUAUAUCCCUUACAAGCAACAAGGUAUGGACUGGUAUUGUACCAGGAGUGAGUGGAUUUCAAGGCUUAGUUAGUUGUUCCAUCAUGGAAUGUUCUCUGUCCACCUUGUCACUUGGUGGAUUUGGAUAGUGUAUCCUAAUGGAGAUUCAGCCCUGCAGUUCCCUGGAUUUUCUGGCAGUUUAAUAAUGCACCUAGACGGGGGAAAAAACUGCUUGUGUUUUUAUAUCUCUAAAUCUUUAAACAUUUUACUUCUUAGUACGUGUUUUCUUACACCAGGUCCUAGUGUCCUGAGGCUGCUGUGACCCAGCCAUCAGUGAGAACAUAGAUCCACCCAGAGUUUGGAGACCCUGUCUGCCGUUCACCUUUUACACCAGGGCUUGUAUGAUCAAAGGAAACUAUUGAAGUCUCCAAGCCCAGAAAGAAAAGUUAUUUUAUUUUAUUUAAAAAAUAAAACAAACACAAAUAGGAAUUGCAUUUUUUAAACCAUGGCCUGCAGUUACCCGCUCUGCCAAUUGAAGCUACGGAAGACUGUUACAUUAGACUGGUCUAAAUAGAG